UUGUCGUGACACGUCAAACAGUCGCUUUCACAUUUGUUUUUGAUUAGACGUGUUGGUGGUCUUCAGUCGAAGUUGGAGUAUCUGCAAUAAAUUUCAAUAAGAAGUUUUUAAUAAAUUAUAAAUAAAAUGUCGCGUGUUUUGUUCACUGUUUUGCUGAUCUCAUUAUGGACUGCCAAUGGGCUAGCUGCUACAUGCACCAAACCUAAAGUUACUGUUAAUGCUUUCAGUACACAGGAUGCGACAAUCCUUACUACUUUGGCGCACGUUGGAGAGUUCACUUUGACUUGUGGAAAUGGCGAACAGCCAGCAUUAUUCGCUGAAUUCCCUUGCGGAGCUUUAGUCCCAGUAGCUCGUAUUGGCGACAAUAAAUACCAGGUGAGCUGGACAGAAGAAAUCAAAAAGGGUAGCAGUGGAAACGUUGUUGUUCGUCUAUUUGAUGAAGAUGGUUACACCGACAUUCGAAAAGCACAACGUGACGGCGAAAGUAUCAAUGCAAUCAAAUCCUUAAUUGAUAUUUCAGUUCCGACUAAAGGUGCCUACAAAGGACCCUGGGUUAAAGCUGAAUUGUUAGCUGCUGUUGUUGUUAGUGCAGUAGCUUAUUUUGCUUUUACAACAAAAAGCAAAGUGCAAUUGUAAAUAUUAUUAUGUGAUAUAAAUAUGCAUUUCUGAGAAAGAUCUGUAAACAACAUCCUCUGAAUGAAAUUCAUUCAUUAAUUCAUACAGUCAUAAGCCUUGAUAUCAAUAAAGAAACAUUGUUUGUACUGAAAAAUAUGAUUUUCAUUCAAUAAAUGAAUGCAAUUGGAAAAAAA